GGCUCGCCCCUCAGUGAUUCAGUGAUAUCUGUGCCCUGUAGAGUCUAAUUCCCGUUUCAUCUGCUCUAUCCCCCCGUCUCUCUGCCAGAGUGUAGCUCCCUCCCUCUCUCUCUCUCUAUCUCUCUCUCUCUCUCAAAGACACUCACAGAGCCGGUGUUCACUCCAGGCUCAGACGUGCAUGUUGGAGAGUGUGAGUGUGGUGGCCAGGAUGGGGAAGGUGGCUGGCCAACACCUGUUGCUGGUACUCCUGGUGCUCCUGGCCCACGGCCACCUCAUACAAGGCAGUGUCCAGUGCUACACCUGCACCAGUGACGCCAACAACCUCUAUUGCGUCAACGAACCGGACAACGUGGCCAAUGGCUCCCCGAUCACUGACUGUCACACAGGCGAGGACAUCUGCUGCACCAUCACUCGCCAGGAGUACCUCGAGAGCCCAGGACAGAUAGUCUCCUUCAGUCGCUCCUGCCAGCCCAACUGCCCCAAGGACGGCUUCACGCCCGUCAAGGACCUGACGCAGGUCAACUACAAGACCUACUGCAGGACGCCUAAAUGCAACAUUGGUCCUGGCAACAAGCCCCUUAGCGGCGGAGGUGGCGGCGGCGAUGAUGGCAACAGCAUCCACAAUAUUCCUGGAACCGGAGGCACGUCUUCCACGACCACCUCCCUCACACUCCUCAUAGCUGCCACGGCCCUGGCUCUCCUCCCCAGGCUCUAGUCUUCCCAUCACAAGAUACUAGUUUUUUUGUUUGUCCUCCAACAUCUCCAGGAGCUAGUGGUGUGCCUCUAACAUCUCCAGGGACUAGUGGUGUGUCCCCAACAUCUCUAGGAACUAGUGGUAUGCUUCCAACAUCUCCAGGAACUAAUGGUGUGUCCCCAACAUCUCCAGGAACUAGUGGUGUGCCUCCAACAUCUCCAGGAACUAGUGGUGUGCCUCCAACAUCUUCAGGAACUAGUGGUGUGUCCCCAACAUCUCUAGGAACUAGUGGUAUGCUUCCAACAUCUUCAGGAUCUAGUGAACUAGUGGUGCUGCAAACCCAACAUCACCUGGAACUAAUGUUUUCUUAAUACUUUGUUACCUUCUUCAGAACUCUUAUCACACUGUUACGUCUUGCAAACCUUUUUGUCAUAUACUAUCGGACUGGCUCCAAACAGUCCCAACUGAAAAAUUUCCUUGUAGAAUUAUCACUCAACAAUGCUGGAUAAAGUACAGAAACAUUUAUUGCUCCUUAUGUAUGGGAUUUCCCAUUGACUGACACUAAUUCCUCCCUAAGCACUCCUCAUGAUCUUAAGGCCCUCUGCAUUAAUGCAGUCCUUAGCUUUGCCACCUCCAUAGACUCACCUCCAAUAUAUCUGAAACAAUAAAUAGAUCAUGAAAUGUGAAAACCAG